UACAGUGUGUUCUCUCUGUCCGUGUUGAACUGCGUGGACUAACAGUCCACGCAUCACUCUGAUAAUCCACCGAUCAAUCAUGCCUUUGGUGAACUUGUUUGGGUGGAAGGGGAAACUGGUGCUGAGCACUCUCCUUAUUUGUGCCGUAAUCUUCGAGUCAGCUUAUUGUCAAAAAGAUGCCCAAGAAAAGAGGCCCACUCCAGAGAGGAAGCCCAAGCCAAGCAAACCCAAACCUGGAAAAUCAACAACUAAAGGGCCCAGAGCCGCAACAACCAAGAUCAAAGCUUCACCUGCAGCCCAGACACAGACCUUACUCACACAGGUGCUAAACAAAGGGAAGUUUAAGAAGGUGGGAGAAACUAUAAGCGUGCAGUCGGGAGAAAUUCUGGAGCUGAGGUGCAGGGGCAAACCUGUGCAGUGGAGCGUCCCCUCCUACCUGGAGGAGGAGGAUGAUGGGAGGCUCAGCACCGUCCAACAUGAACGGUAUGGCGCUCUGACAUUAGUCAACACCACUGGUGCAGACACAGGGGAGUACACCUGUUACCCAAUGUACUGCGAAGACACAGACUGCAGGAAGGAAUAUGGCAAAGCUGUCAAGGUCUUCGUCUUCUUUCCCGACCCACAGGAACUAUUUGUUCCGUCGUCUGACUACUAUGAGGUGAUACAGCUGAGAACCAACUGGCCAACGGUCCUUCCCUGCCAGGUUACAUCACCCGACGCCAAAGUAACUCUGCACCGUGAGUAUCCGCCGGUGGAGGUGGCGGUGGAUGGGAGGGAGAUCUCCUUUAAUGUCAUGAAGGGCUUCACCAUCCAUCGACCCCGGCCUCAUCACGCUGGAGCCCUGUACUGUGUGGCCAGUCUGGGCAACCUGAGGCAGAGCUCCACCAAGUACAUGCUCAUCUAUGUCAACUACCCCAUGGCUCCUCCUGCCCCGGUGAUCCAGGCCUCAUCGCCUUCGCUGGCUGCGGGGGAGAACCUGCGUGUCAGCUGCAGUGUGGUCGGAGAACAGGAUGUGGUCGUGGAGUUCACGUGGGAAUACCCAGGACAGCAGAUAGGGAGGCCUCUGUACACACAGGAGAGCGUAAGUCCAGACGGUGGAGGAGCGGCUCGACAGCAGUCUCAGUCUGUUCUCCUGGUGGAUGAGGUGAGGGAUGUGGACCAGGGCACAUACACCUGCACCGCUCAGAACCUGCAAGGAGCCAAAUCAGUAUCCACCACCGUUAAAGUGGUCCCCAAAGCAAAACCGCAGAAACCAUGAUCCACCACAGCUAUAUGACAAAACCAGAAGAGACAGAGGGAGAGAAAGAGAGUGGAGAUAAGGUGACAACAAAAGAUGAACGUUUUCGUCUGAGAUUAUAAAACACACUGCACCGUUACAAUCAUAAC